GUGUACGCCGUUGCCAUGGCGCCGGCCACGUCCGGCUUCUCCCGGAAGCGGAGGGAGGUGGAGACGGAAGCGGGGGCGGCUGCGAGGGCCGCGCUACGGCGGCCGGGCGGGGACAAGGCGCGGGGGAGGCGAAGGGCGGCCGGGAAGAUGCUGGAGGCGGCGGCGGCCGAGCCGGAGCUGGACCCCGAGGAUCUGGUGCAUUUCUCGGUGGGCGAUUUGCCCAGCCGGGGGUACGGCGUGAUGGGCGAGAUCCGGCGGCAGGGGAAGCUCUGCGAUGUCACCCUCAAGGUAGGAGACCAUAAAUUUAGCGCCCACCGGAUCGUGCUGGCGGCUUCUAUCCCCUAUUUCCACGCCAUGUUCACCAACGACAUGAUGGAGUGCAAGCAGGACGAGAUCGUCAUGCAGGGGAUGGAUCCCAGUGCACUCGAGGCUCUGAUCAACUUCGCCUACAACGGGCACCUGGCCAUCGACCAGCAGAACGUGCAGUCGCUGCUGAUGGGGGCGAGUUUCCUGCAGCUGCAGAACAUCAAAGACGCUUGCUGCACCUUCCUCCGAGAGAGGCUUCACCCCAAGAACUGCCUGGGCGUGCGGCAGUUCGCGGAGACCAUGAUGUGCGCGGUGCUCUACGACGCUGCCAACAGCUUCAUCCACCAGCACUUCGUGGAGGUCUCCAUGUCCGAGGAGUUCCUGGCGCUGCCUUUCGACGAUGUCCUGGAGCUCGUUUCUCGGGACGAGCUCAACGUGAAGUCUGAGGAGCAGGUGUUUGAAGCUGCGUUAGCCUGGAUACGCUUUGACCGAAACCAGAGGGAGUCGUUCCUACCCGAGCUCCUGUCCAAAAUCCGCCUCCCCCUUUGUCGCCCUCAGUUUCUCACCGACCGCGUGCAACAAGACGACCUGGUCCGCUGCUGCCACAAAUGCCGGGAUCUCGUUGAUGAAGCAAAAGAUUAUCACCUGAUGCCGGAGCGCCGGCCGCACCUCCCGGCCUUCAAGACCCGUCCUCGGUGCUGCACGUCCAUCGCGGGAUUGAUUUACGCCGUGGGAGGGCUGAACUCGGCAGCAAAUUUUUACGCAGGCGACUCGCUGAACGUGGUGGAAGUGUUCGACCCCAUCGCCAACCGCUGGGAGAAGUGCCAGCCCAUGACGACGGCGCGCAGCCGCGUCGGGGUGGCCGUGCUCAACGGGCUGCUCUACGCCAUCGGUGGCUACGACGGGCAGCUGAGGCUCAGCACCGUGGAGGUUUAUAACCCCGAGACGGACUCCUGGUCCAAAGUGGAAAGUAUGAACAGCAAGCGAAGCGCGAUGGGGACGGUGGUGCUGGACGGGCAGAUCUACGUGUGUGGCGGGUACGACGGAAACUCGUCCCUCAACUCCGUGGAGUCUUAUUCUCCAGAAACGAACAAGUGGACGGUGGUGACCCCCAUGAGCUCCAACCGCAGCGCCGCCGGCGUCACCGUCUUCGAGGGUCGGAUCUACGUGUCGGGAGGGCACGACGGGCUCCAGAUCUUCAACAGCGUGGAAUAUUACAACCACCACACGGCCACCUGGCACCCGGUCACCAACAUGCUCAACAAGCGCUGCCGCCACGGCGCCGCCGCGCUGGGCAGCAAGAUGUUCGUGUGCGGCGGCUACGACGGCUCCGGCUUCCUCAGCAUCGCCGAGGUUUACAGCUCCAUGGCGGACCAGUGGUACCUGAUCGUCCCCAUGAACACCCGGCGCAGCCGCGUGUCCCUCGUGGCGAACUGUGGGCGUCUCUACGCCGUGGGGGGUUACGACGGACAAUCCAACCUCAGCUCGGUGGAAAUGUACGACCCGGAGACAAACCGCUGGACAUUCAUGGCGCCCAUGGUGUGUCACGAAGGAGGCGUCGGCGUGGGCUGCGUCCCCCUCCUGACCAUCUGAGCGAGCGGUUUUAUUUUGGGUGGGGGGCACCGUCUUUACACCGACAAUCCGGGGUGAGGUUCGGAGAGCGAUAUCCGCACAGGUGCGUUUCCAGGUGCUCAAGUCUCGCUCGCAAAUACACCAAAACUUGACAAAACGAUCCCCACCCUUGGCUCGUUGGGUCGAAGCUCCUGAGAGAUCAAAUAUGUCGAAAUACGGAGCGAACAAGGACCUGCCCGUCUCCCUCCACCACCCCGAUCCUUCCUCUGGCCGUUGGUUUCUCCAAACCCCGCGGUUUUCUCGCUUUGGGAAGUGCCGUUGUGGGCUGGGGGAGGGAGAACGGGCUUAAUUGCGACACAAAACCAGCCACUUUAAUGACUUGAAAUAUAUAUUUGCGCCUUGUCAGCAAGGGAGUGACCCCGAUACCCCGAGGGUUUGGUCAGGGAUGGUGUUUGGGUGUGAUGGCAGCUUCUCCAAACAGGAAAAACACAACCCUGGCGUCUGUUCCCAGGCUGUAUCUGCGUUUUAAGGUGCUUCUUCCACAAGCUCUCGCCGGUUUGUCGGAGCAGAGCUCUGCUUCCCGCAGCCCGCCGGGGAAAACUUCCCCGCGAGAGCCGCGCGAUGGGGAAAUUGGGAGGAAGAAAAGGGGGUCGGUUAAACCAGCGGAUUGUUUCAACCAGCGCAUCGUUUCGGCACAUUGGGAGGAGACGUGGCGAACGCAAACGGCACCGCGCAACAGCCUUGGCGUUUCAAAACGGGAAAUCGGCCGAGGCGUUAAUCGGAAAUAUGUCAAUUAAAUUAAGUAUCGUGGAAGAGGGGGGUUGGAUCCUGUCCCUCCUGUCCCCAGCCCGGGGGGGAGCUGGAUGUCACCCCAGUCCCCCCACACUUGUUCUCCCUGACCCCAGGUUUCUCGGGGACAUCACAUCGGGUGUAUAUGUGGAUGUCGAUAUCUUCAGGUACUGUGUAUAUUUUAGGUCUGUAUAACGAGCAUAUCUGGCUAUAAAUGUGAUUUAUCCGUAUAUAUCUAUUAUUUUCCACGUAUACCCACUGCGCUCACUGCAGGGCGAUUUAUUUGGGGUUUCCGUGCUGCUAAGACUUGAAAAAGGAAAAAACCAACAAACAACCCAUGAAUUUUGAAUCAAAAUUAAGUCGUGAAUUGCAGGAAUAACGGAGCUGGAGCUGCGGCGACGUCUGCACAGAAGGACCAACCUCCCAGGGAAGGACCGCGACGCAUUUUUCCCUCUUUCUACCCAAUUUCCACGGGAGGUUUUGUCGCUCGUGCUCCCACAACCUCAGAUCUGCCGCUUCUUUCCCACCCCAGGGCAUUGUCUUUGCUCCAGGACGUGUCACCGGGAUGGUCACCCUGGGCAGAGGUGGCUUUACUGUCCCAUUUUCCAUCCCAGGGUUUCGUGUCCAUAAAAACACAAGUAUUGGAUCAAACACAAGAGCUGUGGCGCUCAGUUCAGCCCCAGACCUGCACGAAAACACGUCAUUUUGGGUCACGCAGGGAGCGUCAAUUCCUGGGACAACCCUCAAUUAACGCCCCGGCCUCGAAAUCAAGGAAAACCUAAACAUGUCACAAAAAUGCAUCGACACGGCGCGUUUCUGCAUCCGCAAACCCAUCGCCCUGGCCCCGGCCGUGCCGCUUCUCCCCCUGCACCCACCAGCCCCCCAAAAAGGGCACUUUUGGUGUCGCUUCACCCUUUUUCUAUUAAAACCAAGCCAAGUUCA